CGCGGACGGGGCAAGCACCUUGACGCGACACGACGACGACGACGACGACGACGACAAUGUCUGACGACCUCCUCGGCGGCUUUGCUACAUCUAAAUCCGGCGGUGACGAGAUUGACUUCGACGCCGCCGCAUCCCAGUUCCCCGACAUCUCCCUUGACGGCGAGGGCGACAUACCCUCCUUCCCGGACAUUUCCUCACCCGUCGCGCCAGCCCCAGCGCACUCCUUCUCCCUCGAUGCUCUCGACGGACCGAGCCCCGCCCCCGCGAGGGAAGUGAAGGUCACUGGUGACGACGAGAUCGAGCAAUUCACCAGCCAAUUCCCGGAUAUUGAGGUCCCGCAGGCAUCUCCUCCCGUACAACAACCCCCUACAUUCGGCGCAAGCACGCCGACUAUCGCCCCGCGUCCCCAGCCAUCUGCGUUUUCGUCAACCCCCAUCCUCAACCAGGGUUUACCUGAGGAAGAGCCCGAGGUUAUCAAAGAAUGGCGUGCACGGCGCGCGGAGGAGAUUCGCGCGCGUGACGAAGCCUCCAAGGCAAAGCGCGACGAGAUCAAGGGUCGCGCCGAGGCUGCCAUCGACGAGUUCUACGGCAACUACUCCGAGCUCAAGAAGCGCAACAUCCAGGAGAACAAGGACGCCGAGGAGGAGUUCCUCGCCAGCCUAACCGCAUCGCUCACGGCGGGCACGACCUGGGAGCGCAUCUGCGCGACCAUCGAGCUCGAGAACUCGCAGAGCAAGACGAUCGCCCGCGCGGGCCCGGGCACGACGGACCUCUCGCGCUUCAAGGAGGUGCUGUUGCGGCUCAAGCGGGAGGGCGACCGCGCCCCGGGCGCCGCGGGCUACUAGAUGACUUCGCGUCGGACUCUUCUGCAAAAGUUUGUCUAUCACUUAUAGCUCGUAUAUUGAGGACCCUGGAUUGGUGUA